AUGCCUCAUUUAAUUACAAUUUGUAUUUUAUAUUUGUAUAAUUUGAACUCUUAUUAUAUUUCAGCAAAAUCAUUUGAAAGGUUUUUGUCUAAAAAGAGUGCUGAAGAAAGGUUAAACGUAGUUAUAAAUUUAUUUACUGAUGGGAUUUUGAUUAUUUCUGAGAAUAAUCAGAUCUUGUAUUCAAAUGCGCAUUUCAAUGACUUGCUUGGAUGCAGCCAAAAUGAGAUUUUAACAAUUCUAGAAACUAUUGAAUAUAGCCAGGGCAGAAAAUACACAACUUUGACACCUUCAAAUUAUCUUAUUGAUGAUAUUAAUUGAAUAAGCACUUUACAAGUGAAUCAAGAAAUCUGCUUUGGGCUGAGCAAUGUCAGGGGAAAUAAUUUAGAAUGAAAGGAAAGAAAGUGCUAUGGGAUGAAAAGGAAGCUGUGCUAA